AUGCUGUUCUCCCGGCCUACGACGGCCAUCUGGCUGGCCCUGGCCUCCCUGGCCGAGGCCAACCCGCCUGCAGCAGCUCCCGCCCCUCCCGCUCAUCCGGCACCCGUCGAGCAGUGCCCUGCACCCGUCACCGAGACGCUCGUCCAUACAGUACACGUUCCCGUUCCGACAACAAUCAAAGAGACAGUACACGUCACCGUGCCUGGUGCCGCCGAGACUGUUCACGUCACGGUUCCCGGCAAGGCAGAGACAGUUCAUGUCACCGAGACGGUACAUGUUAGCGUGCCGGUACACGUUACCGUCCCGGUGCCGACAACGAUCAAGGAGACGGUGCAUGUGACACAGACCGAGCAGGUCGUCCAGACACAGGUGCAAAGUGUGCCUGUCACGGUGGUUCACACCGAAACAGCAAUCCACAGCGUGCCGGUGACAGUCGUCCACACCCAAGUCCAGAGCGUUCCGGUCACCGUCGUCCACACGCAGACCGAAGUCAAGAGCGUACCCGUCACGGUUGUCCAGACUCAUGUUCAGAGCGUGCCUGUCACGGUCGUUCAAACUCACGUCCAGAGUGUACCCGUCACUGUGGUCCAGACCAAGGUGGAGAGCGUGCCAGUCACGGUAGUCCAGACGCACGUCCAGACCCUCGUCCACACCCAAACGCUGCCGCCCCUAACUCAUGUGGUCACAACCACGCAAGACCGACCCGUCACACAGGUACAGACGCAUGUUCAGACCAAGGUCGAGUCUGUGCCGGUCACGGUGAUCCAGACGCAACCCGUGGAAGUGCCCGUUCAGGUUCCCGUCACCCACGUUGUCACUCAAAUCCACACCCAGCCAGUCGAAGUCCCAGUCCAUGUCACGCAAACAGUUCACGUUACCGCGCCGCCUCAAACGGUCCAUGUUACAGCACCACCGCAGACAGUCCACGUCACUGCGCCGCCGCAUACUGUCACUCUUCCGCCUCACACUGUUUCUGCGUGCCCUCCAGGCGCCGCCGCACCGUUGCAACCGCCACCCGCGGCGCACCCCGCCCCGCCCCCUGCGCACCCGAUGCCACCUGCGCACCCGGCUCCCCUGCCGAUGCACCCCAACCCGCCCGCGGCACCGGCUCCUGUUCCGAUGCACCCCACACCCGAGCAACCUGCCGCUCCUCCUGCGCACCCCAUGCCUGCGGAGCCCGAGAAGCCGGCGGAACCCACAAAGCCCACGGAGCCUGAGAAGCCUGCCGAGCCUGAGAAACCAGCUGAGCCUGAGAAACCAGUCGAGACGGAAAAGCCCGCGGAGCCCGACACACCGCCCCGCGACGAGCCUGCGACGACAACGGCCGCCGAGCCCACGCCCACGCCCAUCUUGGUGCCCGCAGCGCAACGAAUGCGAUUCAUGAAGCGCAACUGA